AGGCUGGCGUUCCUUAUGAUAAAUGACUCAUUAGUACCAAAUAUGCUUAUUCCUUGGUUUACUGGAUCUUUGUAUCCCAAAGGAAAACAUUAUCCAUAUCCAAAGGCAGGUGAAUUGAAUCCAGUAGUCAAGCUGUAUGUUGUCAAUCUAUAUGGCCCAACACAUACAUUGGAACUCAUGCCACCAGACAGUUUUAAAUCAAGAGAAUAUUAUAUAACAAUGGUCAAGUGGGUGAGCAACACUAAGACAGUUGUGCGGUGGCUAAACAGGCCUCAAAAUCUAUCCAUCCUCACAGUGUGUGAAACAACCACUGGUGCCUGUAGUAUGAAGUAUGAAUUUACAUCUGAAGUCUGGCUUUCUAAGCAGAAUGAGGAACCAGUUUUUUCAAAAGAUGGCAAUACAUUUUUUAUGACAGUUCCAGUUAAACAAGGUGGUCGUGGUGAAUUCCACCAUAUCGCUAUGUUUAAUGUUCAGAUCAAAAAUGAACAAUUUAGUAUACGACAUCUGACAUCAGGGAACUGGGAAGUUAUAAAAAUCUUGGCAUAUGAUGAAAAUACCCAAAAGAUUUAUUUUUUAAGUACUGAAAAUUCACCAAGAGGAAGACAAUUACAUAGUGUGUCAACAACUGAAUUGCUGAAUCGUCAAUGCCUCUCAUGCAAUUUUAUGAAAGAUCAUUGUACAUAUUUUAAUGCAAAGUUUAGUCCUUCAAUCAAAUAUUUCAUUCUACAGUGUAAGGGUCCCGGUGUUCCGAUUGUUAGCCUGCACAGCACAGUUAAUCCUGAAAAUUUUUAUAUUUUAGAAAAUAACUCUGUUUUAAAAAAAGCAAUUUCAAUGAGAAAAAUACUACGAACAGAAACUAGAAUGCUUCACAUUGAUGACUAUGAACUUCCUUUACAGUUAACAUUUCCAAAGGAUUUCUCAGAACGAAAUAUGUAUCCACUUCUCCUAAUAGUUGAUGAAGUUCCAGGCAGUCAGUUGGUUACAGAUAAGUUUCACAUUGACUGGGAUUCUGUGCUUGUCAACUCUGAUAAUGUCAUCAUAGCUCAGUUUGAUGGAAGAGGGAGUGGAUUUCAAGGACUCAAGAUUUUGCAAGAGGUUCACCAUUCACUAGGAUCAGUGGAAGUGAAGGACCAGAUAGCAGCCGUAGAAUAUUUGCUGAAGCAAUCAUUUAUUGAUGGUAACAGACUGAGCAUCUUUGGCAAGGGUUAUGGAGGUUACCUUGCAUCAAUGAUUCUGAAGUCCAACGAAAAACUUUUCAAGUGUGGAGCUGUGAUUGCACCAAUUACAGACAUGCGGCUGUAUGCAUCUGCCUUUUCAGAAAGAUACCUGGGCAAUCCAUCUAAGGAAGAAAAUGCUUACCAAGCAUCCAGCGUAUUUCACAAUAUUCAUGGCUUUAAGGAAGGAAAUUUAUUAAUCACCCAUGGGACAGCGGAUACUAAAGUCCAUUUUCAGCACUCAGCAGAAUUAAUUAAACAUCUAAUAAAAGCCGGAGUGAAUUAUACUAUGCAGAUCUAUCCAGAUGAAGGUCAUUACAUUACAUCAGAGAAGAGCAAAUAUCACCUUUAUAGCACAAUUCUCAACUUUUUUAGUGCUUGUUUAAAGGAAGAAACACCCAUUUUACCACAGGAAGUAGAAGAUGAUGAAUAA